GGAUAAUAGGAAGAUACCUUGGGUGAAUAGACAUAAUGGGUGCAUGGACACUGAGCUUGCUCAUGUUUUGUAUCCCUACGGGGAAGCUGUAGGAGACAUGAAGACUCCCAAGGAGGAUGAUGGGACAUCACCAGAAUUUCACAUGUCAAAGCCAUUCACCUUCUAUGGCACGAAACACGACAGUUUAUUUGUUAACAACAAUGGUGUGGUUUCCUUUUCUAAUCCUGUCCCAGAAUAUACCCCCGAGCCCAUCCCUCUGGAUGAUAAAAAACCCUUUGUGGCUCCCUACUGGGGAGAUGUCAACACUGACCUAGGGGGUGAAGUCUAUUAUCGAGAGACCACAAACCCAGAAGAACUUGAACGCAUCUCCCAGGAUAUCAAUCAGUACUAUCCCGACAGCCAUUUUAAAGCUGAUUGGGCUUUUAUUGCCACCUGGGACAAAGUGGCCUAUUUUGGGAGCGCAUCUAACAAGGUGAAUACUUUCCAGGCUGUCUUAGCUAACGAUGAUAAUGCUGCCUAUGUAAUGCUUAACUAUGGUAAAAUCCAAUGGACUACUGGUACAGCAAGUGGUGGAAAUCCCAGAACAGGUCUGGGAGGAAUCCCAGCCCAGGCCGGCUUUAACAGCGGUGAUGACAAAAAUUAUUUCAGCAUCCCUGGUUCCCGCACUGACGAGAUCCUCAACAUUGGAGACACUUCCAAUGUGAAUGUUCCUGGACGUUGGGUAUUCCAGAGAGGCAGAAGCUGCUAA